CGUAGCGGGGGGCUCUGGGGCCCGUGGGUGCCCACGGCCAGAGGAGGAGAAGGAUGAAGCCGAGGAGGUUGGGGUGACUGCUUAGAAAACUGUCCAGCCCGCCAACAUCUGAUGAAAUUAGUGAAUAAGCGAAUCAGCUAUGUCUUACACUCCGGGAGUUGGUGGUGACCCUGCUCUACUGGCCCAGCGUAUCUCUUCUAACAUCCAGAAGAUCACACAAUGUUCUGCGGAAAUACAGAGGAGUCUGAAUCAACUUGGAACACCUCAAGAUUCACCUGAACUGAGGCAACAGCUGCAACAGAAGCAGCAGUAUACUAACCAACUUGCCAAGGAAACGGAUAAGUACAUUAAAGAGUUUGGCUCUCUGCCCACCACCCCCAGUGAACAGCAUCAAAGGAAGAUACAGAAGGAUCGCUUAGUGGCUGAAUUCACAACAUCACUGACAAAUUUUCAGAAGGUCCAGAGGUAAGCUGCAGAGAAAGAGAAAGAGUUUGUUGCUCGAGUAAGAGCCAGCUCCAGAGUGUCCGGUGGUUUUCCUGAGGAUAGCUCCAAGGAAAGGAAUCUUGUAUCCUGGGAAAGCCAAGCUCAACCUCAGGUGCAGGUGCAGGAUGAAGAAAUCACAGAGGACGACCUCCGCCUUAUUCAGGAGAGAGAAUCUUCUAUUAGGCAACUUGAAGCUGACAUUAUGGAUAUUAAUGAAAUAUUUAAAGAUUUGGGGAUGAUGAUCCAUGAACAAGGAGAUGUGAUAGACAGCAUAGAAGCCAACGAGGAGAAUGCGGACGUGCACGUUCAGCAGGCAAACCAGCAGCUGUCAAGGGCGGCAGAAUAUCAGCGCAAAUCCAGAAAAACCCUGUGCAUCAUCAUUUUCAUCAUUGUCAUCGGAGUUGUAAUUCUCGGUCUCAUCAUAUGGAAAGUCAAAGGCUAAAUUAUAAAGGAGCGUGCUAUUGCACUACAUUCUCUAAAUUAUCUAGGAAGAUUCCUGUAAUCAUGGGGCUUUUGUAUUAUUAUUUUUAAUUUACUCCAUAAAGGAUGGCUCCCAGACUUCAUUAUUUUCAUUUGGGAGGAAAUUUUCCUUUGGAUUCAAUCUGGUAUUUUCUAACACUGAAAGUUUUUCUCAGUAUGACUGCUGGCAUUACUUCCACACUUUUCAAUCUAAUAACUGUGAGGUUUUGUCCACAUUGUAGAUGCCUUUCACUUAUAAUUUAUUUACCUGUUGACUUAGUUAUUGGAAUCAGUAAAUGUAAAGGUGUGCAUGUGUUUCAUGGGUGUCUGUCUCUCACAGAGUGAUGUAUACCCAGAUUUGGGUUCCUUCAAUUAAAAAUCUCAAAUUUAAUUUCGAUUUGGGCCAGCAGAGGAAAUAUUCUCAAUAAUUAAAAAAAAAUUAUCAUA